AUGGCGCCUCCCCUCGAAGACCUCACCCGAGUAUUCGCCGAGCUCGCCGGGCGCCUCUCCCAGCCUCCCGCCGGCGGCGGUGCCGCCGCCUCCGGGGAAUCCCUCUCGGCCUCCAUCUCCUCCCUCGCCGCCGCCCUCAACCCCAGCGGCGACGCGGCCGGCGCCUCAUCCGGAACCAGGGUUCUGGACGCCGCGCUCUCCCUCAUGUGCUUCGACCCGCUAGAGGUGAAUAGUGCCCGCGUCGACUGCCUUGUCGGCACCCUCGUCUCCGUGCUCUCGGCAUCAGUCUCGUGCCGUGUGGUCCGGCCCGAUGGGGACGCUGGUGAGGAGAUGCUCUGUGUCGGGAGUUCCGUGUCGCCCGUGGAUUGCCACGAGCUGCUCCAAUCGUGUGCAACCCUUGUGGAGGAAUUGGGGGACUGUGAUGAUGGAAGGCAUUCUUAUAAUCUGUUGUAUGCUGUUGCGAAAACGGUCAUGCUAUCCCCUCACUACCAGUGUCUUUUCCCUUUACCAUAUUACAAGGAAGAGGGAGAAAGAGUAUCUCAUAUGGGAACCAUUGCUGCGGAGUUAAUAAACCAUACUUCCAAUCAUGUCCUUCCUAGUGACCACUCAAUCCCACUGAGGUUGCUUUUAUGGCAUCUUGAUCCAUCAAUUAUUAGGCAUGAUCUCUCAGCGAUGCUCCAGGAGGUAAUUAGAAGGCCCUUGCUUUGCCUAAGAAAGGAAUUGUAUAAUAGGAUGGAAUGGCGUAUCAUCAUAAUUUGCCUGGUUUGCUCCCCAACAAUAUUUAUGGAGAUGAGAUCACUAUUACACUUCUGGUUUCUAGCAACGGGUUUGGGUUCUGUGCUAGAACUUCACAAUGCAUUGGUAUCGUCGGCAUUAGACAUUCUUCUCAAGCCUAUGUCAUGGGGAAUAUCCAUAGAAUUGGGGCAGAGAUUCCCCUUUUCACAUGCUUACUUCCCAAGCCAACAAAGUGACUUGCUUGCGAUACUAACUGGACCCUUAUCUUGUAAAGGUUUUUUGGACCUAGUUUCUUAUAUCAGUGCCUUGGUUCAUUUGGACAGCACAAGAACUAGAUGCUCUUCGCAGAAAAACUUACAACUACAACCAUCAAAGGGAUUGGUAAAAUGCAAUUCUGCUUGGUACAUGAUUAUUAAUUUCCCCGUUUGGUUCAGUUUUGCAACUGCUUUACUUUUCCACAGAGAAGGCUCACAAGAUUAUUUAUCAGAAACAUUAUCCAAAGAGAUAACUGCUGAAUCAAUAAGUGAUGUCAGUCUUGUUCAGAGGGCAGCCUUUUACCUUUCUUGGGUGCUAUGCCCUUCUAAUGAUGAUCAAUGCGAGGUGCUAUCAAACAAUAUUUUGGAAAUAUCACAUUCUUGGGCUAGGAACAACAAAAAGUGCCUAAGCUACCAAAGUACUGUGAAUCAUAGGAGGAAACUGCGAAUACCCACAGCUGCGAAUUCAGAGGAAUUCCAUGUGCCAAUAAACACUGUAAGCUCCCUGGUUAAAGAAUUUGAUGAUCGCUGUGUAAAAUGUUGUAGGACAACUGCCUUUCCUCAAGUGCAAGUUGGAAAAGUAUCGGACCUCCAUCCCUCGUACUUUAACCUGUUGCAUCAGUGGAUUCCUUUAGGAGUAUUGCUUGUAUCAUCUAGUUGUGUUAACGAGCAGAACUGUGACAUCCUUCUGCGGUACACAAGCACUGGGCAGGUUCUGGGGUCAAAUGAAGCACAAAUAAAAACAAAAGAUCAUGCCAGUAAUGAUGGUUUCUUAGGCAGCUGCGUUGGUACUGCUGAGAGAUGGGCUUUGAUUGGAGCAUAUCGCAUCUUUGGCUGGCUUGACGUAGCUGAGGAUAUGUCCUCAUUGAUAUUUGAUUGUGAAGAUAGAUGUCAUCGUUUUGUCAGCCAACUCAGAAACAAGACAGGCCCAUACCUGCUCAAGUGUGUAAAGUCAUUAUUUAAGGUGUUGGAACAGGGAAAUCAAGAUAAAGAUUUUGUGAUUGAUCUUCAUAAUAGGUUGUUAAACUGGAAUAAGAAUGGGCAAGGCUGUGAGAUAUUUGGGGACGUUAUCCUUGAAAUGAACAAGAGGUUUAAUCUUCCUGUGUAG